AUGGCUUCUUCUUCUUCUUUAACAAUAUCUCCAAGGAAGCUACACUACGAUUUAUAUUCCUACUCAUACAAACAAGAUUCAAACACACCAUUAGUGAUAAAUGUUCUAGCUUCAUUAAUCGAGAGAACCAUGGCAAGAACACACAGAAUUGUGAAGAAUUGUUCAAAGGUUUUGUCCAAAGAAAUCACCACAAAAAUCUUUGAUUGUAGAGAGGUUCCUGAUUUGACCAUUCAAUCUUAUUUAGAGAGAAUUUUUAGGUACACACGUGCUGGACCUUCGGUUUAUGUUGUUGCUUAUGUCUAUAUUGAUAGGUUUUGUCAAAAUAAUGUUGGCUUUAGAAUCAAUUCAAGAAAUGUUCAUAGACUUCUCAUAACUACUAUCAUGGUUGCUUCUAAGUAUGUUGAAGAUAUGAAUUUUAGAAAUUCAUACUUUGCAAAAGUUGGUGGAUUAACAACAAAUGAAUUGAAUGAGUUAGAGCUUGAAUUUCUAUUCAUGAUGAAUUUCAAAUUACAUGUUAAUGUGAGUGUAUUUGAGAGUUAUUGUUGUCAUUUAGAGAGAGAAGUGAGCAUUGGAGGAGGGUACCAUAUCGAGAAGACCCUAAGAUGUGCUGAAGAAAUCAAAGAAACGGGUUACACACAAAUUGCAAGUGUAAUGUUGUAG